AACAGGAUUCAUUCAGCGCGCAGCAGCAGCAGCUUCUUUCUCCUCUCAUCCACAGCUGUUCUGAUUAUUCAACAACCACUGAAGAAUCCCCGGAGCUGAUAAGGAUUUACUUUUGAUCUUUGCCUGAAUUAAAGGAGUUGGAAGUUAUUUUUCUGCAUCUUUGGAGCUUGUGAUAAUAAAAGGAGAAAUGCGUCUGAUCCAGAACAUGACGACCAUCGCGGAGUGUCCUGCUCCGGAGUCCUCAGUCCCUAACAGGGUUAUAAAGAUGGCAGUGAUAGGAGGCAGUGGAGUGGGCAAAACAGCUCUCGUGGUGAGAUUCCUAACGAGGCGAUUCAUCGGAGACUAUGAGAGAAAUGCUGGUAAUCUGUACUCUAGAGAGGUCCAGGUGGACUCAGAGCAGGUGACCAUCCAAGUUCAGGACACUCCCGGUGUGGAGAUGACCGAUAACGGCGUCAGCCUCCCCGACCAUGUGACCUGCUCCAUCCAGUGGGCGGACGCGGUGGUCCUUGUUUACUCUGUGACCGACCGCCGCAGCUUCGAUCUGAUCGAUCAGUUGCACCAGCUGGUCGUCCGUGCGGGCGGGGCCAACAUGCCACCCGUGAUCCUGCUCGCCAACAAGGCUGACCUGCUGCACCUGAGGCGGGUGGACUCCCAGCAGGGCCCCCUGCUGGCAGGAACACUCGGCUGCUCCUUCUUUGAAGUCUCAGCCAGCGAGGACUACAGCCAGGUGCACCAAGCGUUCCACCGACUGUGCUGCCAGCUCGCCAAGCAGCCGCCGCCGCCCGUCUCCAACUCCUCCUCGUCCUCACAUCAGAACUCUGCCAGCACCGCCACAGAGAAGAGACGCUCCCCCCUCAUCCCCAGACCCAAGUCUCCAAACAUGCAGGACCUGAAGAGGAGAUUCAAGCAGGCGCUGUCUGCCAAAGUCCGGACUGUCACCUCCGUGUGAAGAGGAGAACCUGAACAUGGUCCAGAGAGACCAGUGAGAGAAAGAAAGCAUUAAAGGAGGAAGGACAGAGGAGAUCUAUGCUCCUUCUUCUACGUCCUGCAGCCGCCUGUCUGCGUGAGGGCAGGUGUGAAUUUGACAGAAGAAGCUGCAGGAGGAGGAUUCCUUUCAGAGGAGAAGUCCUCACAGCUGCAGGUGGUGUCUGGUAUCGUGUGUGCGGUGGAGGAGGAGGAGGUUCAGGAGGAGAAACGACACCCGAGGCGGACUGAAGCUCAGACUCUGUGAGCAUAAAUUGAAGAACAGUAACCGUUGGUUUCCUGGUAGCUGCUGCUCUGACGGACUCUGCUGCGUAUUUAAAGCUGCCAUUGUGUCGUGCUUUGUUCCAGCUGCACGUUAAACGCUGGUGUUAUUAUGUCAGCCAAUCGAGGGGCGCUGUGCAGGUGUGUGUGUGUGCACAAACUGAGUCUGUGUGUUUGAUCCAGACUGACUGGAGGAGCAGACACAGGAUGUAGCAUGUGGCUGUUUAUCACUGAUGCACUUAAAAAAAAAAACUCCAAAGGGCAUAUUGUUAUUAUUUAUUUGUUAUAAAUUCACAAUAAAAUGAUGAUGAAUUUGA